CCCUUUAGGGCAGCUUUCAUCAAUCGGAGAAAACAACCACCAGUCAUCACUAGCAAAUUAACCAGCGACCACCACCGGAUCAGGCAACAUGGCCGCUGCGACUGCCACUGCUGCCGCUGCCAUCGGCUCUCCUUUCUCCAAAUGUAACAUAAAAUCAAAGCCAUGGUCUUCGGAUCCUAUAUUUCUUAGAUUAACUUCUACAGUACCCAGGUUACAAUCAUCAUCAUUAUCUCAUUCUCUUACGAGAACUGAUCCAAUACCCAUAUCCGGAAAGUGGCGGGUGCUAAGGGUAUCAGCUUCGGUGGCGCAAGAAGAAGCGGCGGUAUCAGCGACGGAGGAGGAAACCCUCGAGCAAGAGGAGGAGCCGGUGGUCAAAGAAGUGCAAGAAGUCUCCGGUGACGGAGGAGAUCAACCCGAGGCAAUCAGUUCUGUACAUACCAAGCUUUACUUCGGGAAUUUGCCGUAUCUCUGCGAUAGUGCUCAGCUCGCCGGAAUAAUUCAAGAUUACGCUAGUCCGGAGCUUGUUGAGGUACUCUACGAUAGGGACACUGGUAAAAGCAGAGGCUUUGCGUUUGUGACAAUGAGUAGCAUCGAAGAUUGUAAAGCUGUCAUUGAAAACCUCGAUGGAAGAGAAUAUGGUGGAAGAACAUUAAGGGUGAAUUUUUCUGAUAAACCAAAGCCGAAAGAACCAUUAUACCCAGAAACAGAGUACAAGUUAUUCGUUGGAAAUCUUUCAUGGUCUGUUACCUCCGAAAGCCUAACAGAAAAAUUUAGCGAACAUGGCAAUGUGGUUGGAGCAAGGGUUCUAUAUGAUGGUGAAACUGGAAGGUCUCGUGGUUAUGGCUUUGUGAGUUACUCCACGAAAUCAGAAAUGGAGUCAGCCCUUCAGGCUCUUAAUGGAGUGGAGCUAGAAGGGAGAUCAGUGAGAGUUAGCCUCGCACAGGGAAAAAAGCAGUAAGAGUAGCCAAUAUUCAAGAUUUCAAGAUUUCAAAUUCAAGCACAUAAGGCAUACUUGUAGCAAAAUGUAUGGAGUCCCUUUGUAGAAAGAAAGAAAUUAAUCAGAAACCAUAUUGGCAUUUAGCUAUGGGAUAACAGUUUGCUUAGGUUACAAUCAUUAUAUUUCUUGUGUCAAGUUUUCUA